GCAGUCGAUAUCGCCCCGGGCGCCUCAUCCCACCUCGCACAUACGUCUUACUCCCCUCUCUCCCUCCUGCUCUUCUUCAUCACUCACAUCUCUCAGUAUUUCAGAGUUUAAAAGAUGUCCUGGACGUAUGCAACCCUCUUGGCUCUCCUCACUGUGCUUUUUGCACUUUCAUGGUCUCCAGAGGCCAGCUCUGCAGCUGUGCCCGGUAGCACAGGCAGCACUAAAGAUCCUCAAGGUCCACUGAAAAGGGUCUUCAUGAAGCAGGCCGAUGCCUCAAACUUCUUCAGAAGACGCAGCAGACGUGGUGUGAAGUCCCAGGAUGAGCUGGACGCUGAGCAGAGACAGAUUUUGGCUGCAGAUGAGCGGAAGAGAGAGUUUCACGAGGAGAAGCGGAACGAGUUUGAGAGCUAUGCUGAAGAGGAGCAUGACGAGCAAGACGAGAGGAGCAGAGAGAGCACCGAGCAGUGGAGGGAGUUCCACUAUGACGGGAUGCAUCCUGCCUACGAGUACAACCGUCACUCCACCUAAGAGUGAUAAGAGGAGACGUGCGACUGCUACAUAGCGAUGCUUUUCCACACAAAAUGUGACCGCUAACAUAGUAAAGGCAAUGACUAUGCAAUGUAUUUUUUCGAUUUUUAACUAGAUUAAUGAUUCAUAGAUUAAUCAUGUGGUGUAGAAAAUGUUAGAGAAGUGUUUAAAAACGGUCUGACAAAGUGGACAAUGAAAACCAGCAUAACAAGUUAACAUCAAUCAAAAUGAAGAGCUUUUGGAAACUUAUUUACCCCAAUUUCAUUAAAAAAAAAUUAUUUAUCCUCAUUUUAUUUACCCCCAAUUUACAGCUGAGAUCACCUAGAUCAGAGAUGUCCAACUCAUCUUGGGCCACAUACAGCCUACUUUCACCCUGAGUAGGCUGCACAAACUAAACUCCCUUUUCUGUCACUGUAAAAAAGUUUAACUACCAUUUAAUCCUCAAGAUUUCUUAACACAGGAAAGAAAGGCGUGUGAUCUCAACAGUGCAUCUUAGUUUUUCUACAUGAUAAAGACAUGUUCUUUUAGUAAACUAAAGAAAUCUGUCAUUGGGCUAAAAUUGUAAGAAAUAAAUAAAAUCCAGUUAAAAGUCCAAAUGUUUAUGCUUUACUUCGCAUUUCCCAAACCUGUCCCGUGGGCCACACUCCUACAGCCCUAUUCUGGCCCCUGUGCCUUAUGUUUGACACCCCUGUUCUACAUAAAUAAAAUAAA